AUGGAGUCUCUACCUGUUGAGGUCCUUCAAAUGACCCUGAGUUACCUCUGUAUGCAUUGCCGAGACCCCACCGGCUUCCCUCACGCAGAUACACAAGAGGUCCGAGACGACAAGAGAGCAUUGGCUUUCCUUUGCAGAAUCUCAAGACGCAUAUCUGCGGUAGCCUAUCCGAUCUUGUACCACUAUUAUGCGACGGGAAACAUGCAUCUGAGACAGACAGUUAUCACCAGGCAAAGGCCCAUCAGAAAUACCCCCGAGCCGAACCUGGUUCAGAAAUUCACCCGUACCAUCCGACAGCGACCUGACUUGGCCUCAUACGUCGAUGCUAUGCAGGUUGCAAGCUGGGACCUGGAAAUCAAUUAUCGCCUAACCUCACCGGACUCAUCCAGCUCCGACAGCAGUGUGUCGGAUUCAGAAGUGCCCCCCGAAGUGUGGGAAGCUGCCAGUACAUUAUACGCUGAACACUCGAGGAAGCCACAGCCACCGACGCCAAUAAAGGACUACAGCAUGCUAGAAGGCGAAAUUCCAGAUUUGAUAGCGGCUAUCCAGUCAUGUCCUCGUUUGCAAAGUCUCCUCGUCAGUUACAGUGACCACGACCCCAUCUGGCCCGAAAAAAGCUGGCUGGGGCUGAGAAUGCCCUCGAUCCGUCGUCUGGGUGUCAUAGUCGGCCUAUCCAGGCAAUGCACACUCUAUAUCAAUUUCGCCGGAAUGCAGAACAUGUUUCCCAACGUGGAAUCUAUCCAUGCUAGCACGGGAGGCCUUUGGAUUCUUCAGCGCGGCACGCUUCCGACCAAAAACCCGAAGGACUUUUUGACAAAGUUGAAGAGCCUAUCGAUUGCGGGAAUGCGGGAUCCUCACUUGGAGGAGCUGUUGACAUGUCUGCCUGGUCUCGAACGCCUCGAAAUCACCAACCAGAACUACGAUUGCUCCUGGCGAAGGGCCCUCAAGCCGGUGCAAAACCGACUCAAGAGCCUUCACAUAUCCUACCACCUCAAGCCGCACCAUGGCAUGAAGCUGUGGGAUGUCAAGUUUCGCCACAGCGAACGGUUUAGAUUAUGCGGCGCUCUGGAGGAACUCUCGCUCGACUGCCGGUUAAUCCGGGACGUCGUCACGCCCUAUGCUCCCGAAGCGAGACUAGCAUCGCUGCUACCGCCAUUGAUUCGCGUUUUUAGGAUUCGGUAUCUUCAUUAUGUCAUGUCAGGGACACUGAAGUACCUAGCAGACAUGGCACCCACCCGCUUCCCGCAUCUCAAGCUCAUCCACAUUGGGGUGAGCGAAUGCGAGUCGCCCGGGAAUGAGAACAUGGUUGCGGCAAUGGAGGAACCGACGCGCCGGCUCUUCGCGGCGGUGGGCAUCGAUUUGUUGUGGACGCAGGAUCUGGUUUGGGAACAGAAGAGACCUGGAAGGUUCCUGGGGUCGGGGAUAAAUUUGACGGCCGACAUACCCCUUCCGGUGGUACCCGAGCAUAUGAUCAUUCAUUAA